AUGGGUCUUAGGUUCAAGGAUUUCCCUACCAAUCUCUUACAAGGAAGAGAUGCUCAGUCGAUGCAUUACACGCUCAAAAUGGUGUCCUUCUCACGCAUUGCUAAAUCCCCAUCAAUACUUAAAUACACUUCGGUUAAUUUUACAGUUGAAGACUACACAUGGAGAUUGCAUAUCUAUCCUAAUGGGAACAAGAUGAAAGAUGGGGAGGGUCAUAUUUCCAUAUAUAUUGAGUUGAUGGAUACUUCAUCCCUCCCCACCGGUUGGACAAUAACCGCUCUUGUCAAUUUGUUUGUGUUUGAUCAAAUUCGGGGUAAAUAUUUUACUGUCCCAGAUUAUUCGGCAGUGCGCUUUUCUGCUGUAAACCUGGAAUGGGGUAUCACGAGAUUCGUUGAACUGAAAGUGUUUAAUGAUUCUUUGUAUGGAUACUUGGUGGGUGAUGAAUGUGUGUUUGGUGCCGAGGUUUUCAUAAUUAAACAACCCAUCAACAAGGUUAAUGUGUUGUCUUUAUCGGGUGAAGGUGCUAAUCAUUUGACCCGUACCCACAUUUGGAAAAUUAGAUCUUUUUCUAGUCUCUCCCUUGAUUUUUAUGAGUCUGACAAAUUCACUUGCGGAGAUUUUAAAUGGUGGAUCAAGCUCUAUCCUAAGGGGAAUGGUGAAGGUGCGGGGAAUAGCAUUUCGGCUUUUCUAUGUUUGGAUAAGUUUAAUCUUCCCUUGGAUACUAAAGUCUUUGUUAAUUAUACGAUUGCCAUCCAAAAUGUGGUUAAGUCAGAUCUGAUUAAAUCCCAUAUAGGGGAGACUCACUUUGAUAAUUUGAAUCCAGGUUGGGGGUUCCAGACGAUCAUUUCAUUAACUAAGUUUGAAGACUUAAAAAAUGAAAUCUUGGUUAAUGAUGUUUGCGUUAUUCAAGCUGAUGUUACCAUUGUAGGGAUAGUCACUACAAAAUGA